AUGAUAUACAAGAUAUUAAGCGGCAACUUGAUGAACAAAAUACCAAGUCUAUAAAGAUGUUGCAAGUCACAUACAAAAUAAUUCAGAAAGUAUUUGAUGCAUAUGAAAUCUCGGUUCCAUUGACUCAUUCUCUUGUAGAAAAUGAUGAGCUGCUCACACAAUUGACAUCAAAUGUCAACUUUGACUUGCCUAAAUUUGAAUGGAGUAACCAUAAUGAAAAUCAUACAGUAAACUCUAAAGCAGCUUUGCAGCACUUUCAAAAUUUACUUCAACAGUGGCCUUCAAAGGUUAUUUUAUUAGAUCAUCAAGGGUUAAAUAAGAGAGGAACACCAUUAACACUUAUGUUUGAGAUACCAAAUAUGAGGAUAUCAGGCAGAUCUGAUUUGUAUGUUUUGCGGGAUAGCAUUGAUCCAUUGUCUAAUAUUAUUAUAUUACCCACAUGUCUUCCAUUGCAAGUAUUGACUGAUCUUCAAGGCAAUUGGAUAUUACAAUGGAUUGGCAAGGAUAAGGGGCUGGAAUUGCAUCAACUUGAACUUAAGCCAGGAAAUCAAUCAAUCAUGCCUCAAAUUGCAGCAGCUGGCAUCAUAGACUGUUGGUUGAGGGCAAAUCUAUACAAUGAAAGAUUAGUAAAAGACAAUGAAAUGGAAAAUUAUGAACAUUUCCUUGAAACAUUCAAAAGCUUUAGCACACUUCAAGAAUCUAAAUUUGCAGUACUAUGUAGUGAAAAAAUUGUUUUAAAAAGAAAAUCAGUAUGA